AGGCUCCGGAGCGAAGAGCAGCGGUCUCAGCCUUCUCUGCCGCUGACGCCGCCGCCGCCGCCGCCGCCCCGCUUCGAGAGCCCUCCGCCUGGAAGCCGAAGCCGUGAGGAUCCCGGAGGAGCUGGAUGCGCUGCCGGGCGCCGACCGCCCUUCCGCAUCUCUGAGGUUCUCCAGCAGCCUUUGGUGGCCCAGCAUGGCCCACUGAGGGGAACCAUGACUGGCUGGCCGACAUGCGCCGCUGACCAUCCACAGUCGUGUCUCACCAGCAGGUGACCCUCCUCCGGCCGUCCCCCACUCGCCCGCCCCGCCCAGGAAAGUGCCUGCACCGCCAGGGACAUCAUGUAGUAGGGCUGGCCGCGGCGCCCAGUGAGCUGCAAUGGUUUUGUACACGACCCCCUUUCCCAACAGCUGUCUGUCUGCCCUGCACGCCGUGUCCUGGGCCCUCAUCUUCCCAUGCUACUGGCUGGCAGACCGGCUCCUGGCCUCCUUCAUACCCACCACCUACGAGAAGCGCCAGCGGGCGGAUGACCCGUGCUACCUCCAGCUGCUCUGCACCGUGCUCUUCACGCCUGUCUACCUGGCUCUCCUGGUCGCCUCACUGCCCUUUGCGCUCCUGGGGUUCCUCCUCUGGUCCACCCUGCAGUCGGCCCGCCGGCCCUACGUCUACUCCCGGCUGGAGGACAAGGGCUCAGCUGGCGGGGCAGCCCUGCUCAGUGAAUGGAAGGGUACGGGUCCUGGCAAAAGCUUCUGCUUCGCCACUGCCAACCUCUGCCUCCUCCCAGACUCGCUGGCCAGGCUCAACAACGUUUUCAACACCCAAGCCCGGGCCAAAGAAAUCGGCCAGAGAAUCCGCAACGGGGCCAGUAGGCCCCAGAUCAAAAUCUACAUCGACUCACCCACCAACACCUCCAUCAGCGCGGCCAGCUUCAGCAGCCUGGUGUCACCGCAGGGCAGCGACGGUGUGGCCCGGGCCGUCCCUGGGAGCAUUAAGAGGACGGCCUCUGUGGAGUACGGUGGGCGUCACCCUGGCGACGAGGCUGCCAACGGCCUGGCCUCCGGGGACCCAGCCGACGGCGGCAGCCUUGAGGACGCCUGCAUCGUGCGCAUCGGUGGCGACGAGGGGGGCCGGCCCCCCGAAGCCGUCGACCCCCCCACUGGGGGCCAGGCCAGGAACGGGGCUGGUGGGGGCCCACGGGGCCAGACGCCCAACCAGAGUCAGCGGGAUGGGGACUCGGGGAGCCUGGGCAGCCCCUCGGCCUCCAGGGAGUCCCUGGUGAAGGCGCGGGCUGGGGCUGAUGGCGGCAGUGGGGAGCCAGGCGCCAACAGCAAGCUCCCAUACAAGGCUUCGGUGGCGAAGAAGGCGGCCAUGCGCAGGAGGCGCCACCCGGACGAGGCCUUUGACCACGAGGUCUCAGCCUUCUUUCCUGCCAACCUGGACUUCCUGUGCCUGCAGGAGGUGUUUGACAAGCGGGCGGCCGCCAAGUUGAAAGACCAGCUGCACGGCUACUUUGAGUACAUCCUCUAUGACGUCGGGGUCUAUGGCUGCCAUGGCUGCUGCAGCUUCAAGUGUCUCAACAGCGGCCUCUUCUUUGCCAGCCGCUACCCCAUCAUGGACGUGGCCUAUCACUGUUACCCCAACGGGCGGUCCUCCGACAGCCUGGCCUCGAAGGGAGCUCUGUAUCUCAAGGUGCAGGUAGGAAAUACACCUCACGACCAAAGAAUUGUCGGGUACAUCUCCUGCACACACCUGCACGCCCUGCCAGAGGACAGUGACAUCCGGUGUGAGCAGCUGAACAUGCUUCAGGACUGGCUGGCUGAUUUCCGAAAAUCUACCUCCUCGUCCAGCGCAGCCAACCCCGAGGAGCUGGUGGCGUUUGACGUCGUCUGCGGAGAUUUUAACUUUGACAACUGCUCCUCUGACGACAAGCUGGAGCAGCAGCACUCCCUGUUUACACGUUACAAGGACCCCUGCCGCCUGGGGCCUGGGGAGGAGAAGCUGUGGGCAAUCGGUACCCUACUGGACAAGGACGGUCUCUACGACGAGGAAGUGUGCACCCCUGACAAUCUGCAAAAGGUCCUGGAGAGCGAGGAAGGUCGUCGCGAGUACCUCGCCUUCCCCACCAGCAAGAGCCCCGGGGGAGGCCAGAAGGGACGCAAAGAGCUGCUGAAGGGCAACGGCAGGCGCAUCGACUACAUGCUGCAUGGGGAGGAGGGGCUGUGCCCAGACUGGAAGGCCGAGGUGGAAGAAUUCAGUUUCAUCACCCAGCUGUCGGGCCUGACAGACCACCUCCCGGUGGCCAUGCGACUGAUGGUGUCUGCGGGGGAGGAGGAGGCAUAAAUGGGCCAAGUCAUCAUAAGCAGCAGGGCCUCCGCCAGCCCUCUGAGCCGCAGUCCCUCCCUGGCCACGUCCCCUCCAGCGAGCACCACCCGUGCUGGGGGAGGGGGGCAGGGGCCUGGGAGAGCUGCAGCCAGUCCUGGGUGAGCUGGAACCAGCGCUGCCCAGCACCUCUGGGCACUCGCCAUGGACAGGAGUCAGGCCGGCCUUGGGAGUCCUGGCUGCCCAACCAGUGCCAUUCUUUCAAAUCAUUAUUUUCUACAAAUCUACAGCACAACCUAGUUUGUAACCCGUGGGUUAGUAUGAGAACCGGGUUUCUGUACUCUUUGUAUCUCUUCUCAAGCUUCGUCCAGGGUUCAUUAUUUUUGUCUGCUGCCAUGUUGUCUCGCAUGCCUGCACCCUCGCAUGCACGCUGCCCGCAUGCUACGUGCCACGCUGUAGCCACAGACCCCUCACUUGGGCCUCACCCAAGGCCAAACUCCAAACACAAUCAGAACCAGCCAAAGAAGCAUUCCUGGACACACGGCCGCCGGCUCGCCACCUCCAGCCUGGACAGCUCACGAGCAGGGACCGUGAGGGCUGUGUCCAGUUACCAGCGAGCCCGGGCUCUUCCCCAGGGUCUUGCAUUCAAGGGCGAUUACAUUUUCAAAAGAAAAUCAAACAAGUUAAAAACAACCCUUCACUUUAAAGGGUGUGCAAGCCACGAGGGAGAACGCUGCUCUUCCUGAGACAGGCACAGCAGAGCCUGGAGCCUCCCUUGGAGACUCCAAUCUGGGCAAUGGAGCCAUAGACAGGAAUCCAAGGGAAGAGCAUCACUUUUUUACAGGAAAAACGGCAACUCACGGCAUUAGCGGGGAGGGGGACUUCUGGUUUUGAAAAUGAUAGAUUUGUGGCUUCUCUUCUGUCAAAACCAACACAUCCUCUUUCUGCCUGAUCCUGUCUCCCCUCCGGACACCCUUCUGGUUUGGGACCAACCUUUUCCUGGGGACUGUCCCCAUCCACGUGCUGGCUGAGCUCAGGAACCGUCCACCUGCCUCUGGGUGGGGCUGCGGCUCUGUCCUCCCAGGCCCAUCCUCAACAGCGACCCGAUCCGGGGACCCUGGACAAAGGGGCUGGAAGCCAAGGCACAGAGCAGCCUGUCCCCUCACCAGCGUGCAGGCUGGGGGCGGCAAGGCCAAUGGCCACUGCUCGCCCCAGGCAGGGAGUGGUACUGGCUGGCAUCCACUCUGCCACCAUGUGACCAGGGCCAGCCCCGGGCACAUGCGCACAGCAUGGCAGAGCCUGCAGGUGAAGCCCACAGCUCCUCAUCCCACGGCAGCACUGCCUCUGUCCACCUGCCUUUUUAAACUCACCUGGGGACGCCCCCCCAGAGUCACGCAGUGAGGGUUUUGUCUGCUUCCAGGUGCGAGGCCCCUUCGACUCUGGGAGCUGUUACUGACAACUCCCAAUGGCCUCCCCUCCUCACAGCGCCCCAACCAAUGUGCCCGCCUGGCUCGAGGCCAGUUCUGCCCAACGAGGCUGGGGACACACCAGGACCAUGCUGCCAGGAGCCUCCUGGUGCCAAUAAGCUGACGCUGUGCCUUGUCACCCACUGAGCUGCAAGAGGGACCAAGAGGGGGCCAAGGCCAGAGGCCAGGCCUGCGCUGGCAUAAGACACUCCUGAGAGCCACACUCACAGUGGCGCUGGUUGGUCUGAAUGCCCCUGGCUGGGGCAACAGCUGAGCUGAGGGCCUCACUGCUUGGAGCACUUCCCUGGCCAGGCCCCCGGUCCCACCCCACAAGUCAAGCCAGGAGGGGCUGCUCACUGUCUAGUCCUCCUUUGGCUCUCUGCUGCACCCCUCCUCCAAGGCUGUGGCUCUCGGGGCCCUGGCUAGGCUUCACUGGGUCAGAGGCUUCCAAUCCCAGGAGCAGCCAGGAAUAUGCUCACAGGUGGAGCUCAAUGGGGCAGAUGUGAUGCGUAGAUGUCUGGGCCUGAGUCGAGGCCCCUAGGCUGCGGGUCAGCUGUGUGCCCAGGACAGCAGUGGAAGCAGGGCCAGGGCUCCUGAAGCAGAGCGACUCCAGCACAGCUUUCAUCCUUCAGAGGGGCCGCUUGCCUCCCAGGGCAGCUGUGGGGGAGCCAAGGCACAGGGGGCCAUGCUUCUCUCCCUACUCACAGGGCGGCCUUAGGCAAGUCAUACCUCCCUGUGCCUCAGUCAUUUCCUGUCCUAACAAGGUCGCCUCUGCCCAGCCUGCCAAGUGUCCAGAGCAGAGCUGGCUUGGCAUCCCCACCCCCCUUGCACCGCCCUCUGGCAGGGCCUCAGCGCUGAGGCCGCCAUCGCCCAGCCACGAGUUUCAUCAAGCCUGUGCACUCCCGGGGCUAUCUACAAGCCAGACUUUUCCAUUUUGAUUUUUAAAAAAGAAAGAAAAGAAACAUCUCAGAUGUUUCUGUGUUAUCUAGGCCUGGGAAGGACGGACCAGGGGUCACCCAAAUCCCCAAGGCCCCGUACCUGCCCCGGGCCCAGCCUCCUCCAGAGAAGGCAGGAGGCAGGGGUCAACUUUGGAAGAAAACGGUCAUUUCAUUUGUCCAGACCACCUUGAGUUUUAAGUAUGGAUAUUAAUCUUGAUGCUUUUUAACUAUUGUAUUAACUUGCUGAGAUUUAGAAAUACUCUUUUAAAAAAGAAAAAAAAGACUUUUUUAAUUUCUGUAUUUUUUUCUGUAUUGUAUCCUUAUGGGACAUUAGGGGUUUUAUAAUGGUAAGCACACCUGAGGUUUUGGUAAGAACAUUAUCAAAUAUAUAUCCAGACGAUUCUUCCCUAGAAGAAAAACAAUCUUUACACCUGAUAAAAUAUUUUGAAAAGAGAGGUGUUUUUUUUUUUUCCUUUACUGGUGCUGAAAGGAUGGAUAAUGAGGAAAAAAUAAAACUGUGAGGCUCAAGGCUGGUGUUCUCCACUCAUUUAAGUAAAAAGCUGGGCUGGGCCCUGCUCU